CCACGUAGAAGAGACAGAUCCCCCACGGUUUCCACAUCUCACCCGCACCACCGUCGUCGCCGGAUGGCGCGAGGAGCGGAAGUUGACCAGGAGCAGCAGCAGCCCUUGGUGGAUCAGGUGAAGGAGUAUCAGGCACGAUCCAGGCAGGCCUGGGCAGCCUCGUCCUUCCUCUCCUCCACCUCCACCGCAAGCUGCAGUUCCUCAUGGCUUGAUGGUUUGCUCGUCAUAUGGGAGCUAGUGUUAUUUGCUUUACUGCUAUUCACGUUUGUUGCUUUUUAUUUCAAAUUCGUAGGACUUGCUUUCUGCUUUGCAUUUGGUGCUGCACUUCUUUAUAUAUGCAUGAGACUAAAGAGAAAGCACAAGAGAAGUAAACAAAGAAUGCUUCUUCCAUUGUCAAUGUAACAUACACCUGACUUCUGCAAAUGCUUCUGUCACAACAUGUAAAGUGUUCUCUUUAAUUCAUGAAUACAUUGUACACUUACGGCAUUGAUCA